UCUUGAAAUCUGGAAAUCAAUUUUGCAGUAAUCUUGUCUCAACAACCUAAACCUAAUUAGUACCCUCCACGAACAUAAAAAUUAGACGAUCAGACAAAACCUCACAACAAGGCCCAACACAAGCUCUUUCUAUAUAAUUUACUCUUUCACACUGACAACAGAGAUUCAUCACUUUCUCUUAAUCACUCACUGCAUCAACGAUGGCUGGAGGGAAGAUUGUUGUGGCUGGUGGGACCACAAAGAGCUGGAAAGUACUCCUGGGGCUGAGAAUAUUUGCAUUCAUGGCUACUUUAGCUGCAGCCAUUGUAAUGUCACUGAACAAAGAGACAAAGACCUUGGUUGUGGCCACCAUUGGUACUCUUCCUAUUAAAGCCACUAUAACCGCUAAGUUUCAGCACACACCGGCUUUCGUGUUCUUUGUUAUAGCUAAUGUAAUGGUGAGCUUCCACAACUUGUUGAUGAUUGCUCUUCAGAUUUUCAUCCCGAAACUGGAGCAAAAAGGUCUCCAUCUCCUCUCCAUCGCCAUUCUCGACAUGCUAAACGCAACUCUAGUAUCUGCGGCUGCAAACGCGGCAGUGUUCGUAGCGGAGGUGGGGAAGAACGGAAACAAACACGCCAAGUGGAACAAAGUCUGCGACAGGUUUGCCACUUACUGUGAUCACGGCGCUGGAGCAAUCAUAGCUGCCUUCGCCGGAGUGAUUCUUAUGCUGCUAGUCUCCGCCGUCUCCAUUUCCCGUCUCUUAUUCAAUUCUAACAAAUUCUCCUCCACGGCCCCCUCUGCCACCGCCACCGACGUCCCCUAAACCAUCGCAGACCAAAUUCAGCGAUAUGUACACGCGCGUGUGUGUGUUUGUGUUAUAGAUGUUGCUGUUGUGUCUUUACUUUAUGUUUUGUCUCUCAAGUCACACAUUAUCUAAUGCGCACUCCUCUGUUCUAUCACUUUCAUAUUUAUAUGAGUUUUCAUCUCUCUAAUCUU